AUUUAAUCUUGGAGAUGGGUUUUGCUAGACGAGUCGUGUAGGAAUCUGAUGAAAAAAGAAAAAAUAAUAAUAAUUGGCUUUAUAUCUCCUUGCUUCUCUCUCAUUCUGUCUGAACCGCCUGUGCUCCUAUCUCUGUUGCCAAAGAGCUUUUCUCUCCUCUGAGACUAGAAAGAUUCUGAAUUUCUGAUACAACAAAAUGUCUUCCCCGAGUAAACGCCGAGAGAUGGACCUGAUGAAAUUGAUGAUGAGCGAUUACAAGGUAGAGAUGAUCAACGAUGGCAUGCAAGAGUUUUAUGUCGAUUUCAAUGGACCCAGUGAUAGUCCUUAUCAAGGGGGUGUGUGGAGGAUCAGAGUAGAGCUUCCAGAUGCUUAUCCAUAUAAAUCUCCAUCAAUUGGCUUUGUUACCAAGAUCUAUCACCCCAACGUAGAUGAAAUGUCAGGAUCAGUUUGUUUGGAUGUAAUCAACCAGACCUGGAGCCCCAUGUUCGAUCUGGUAAAUGUGUUUGAAGUGUUCCUUCCACAACUUCUUUUGUAUCCAAAUCCAUCAGAUCCAUUGAAUGGAGAGGCUGCAGCUCUCAUGAUGCGUGAUCGAACUGCAUAUGAACAAAGAGUCAAAGUUGCAGUAUUAAGCAUCGAUGCAAGAUGCUUUCAACUUCUGGAUGACAAUCAAGAAUAUUGUGAGAAGUAUGCGAAGCCAGAAAACGUUGGGGCUGCAGUGGAGGACCAAUCCAGUGAUGAAGAACUGAGUGAAGAUGAAUAUGCUUCCAGUGAUGAGGGAGUAGCCGGCCAUGCGGAUCCCUAGGUGCAUAAGUUUAUGCAUCCAUUUAACUGUCUGUAUCUGUACAUGACAUUUUAGCUUCAGAUAUUCAGGUAAAACAAACCCAAGGCCGCACAAGGCUUUAUUUAUUGGGAAAAAAUAUCCAGGUUCUUCUGUUUAUUAGUUUUACUUGGCACUCUGUACAUACAUUUACUUGUGCCUUUUCUUUCGGUUGUUGAGACUUUGGACUGCAAGAUGAACACGGGCACCCCCAGUGUGGGUGGGGUUUGAAUUUGAAUCCCAGGCUUUGAAGAAAUAAUCAACAUCCCUAAAGAGUUAUCCUGA